GCCCAACAAGCCAAAUUCCUCAGCGAUGCGGAGAACGAGCUGGAGGAGCUGGCAGUCACCAUUGCGCAGGCCAAGAAGAUGGUGGAGCUCAUUAAGGCUCAGGGGGGAGUCGAGAAGCUCUUCGCAGAAGCCUCUGCGGUCCUGGCGGCCUUCCAGAAGGAGGUGGCUGGUUUCAUCGAGGACGGGGAGCGCUCCAUGCUGGGGGAGGCCGAGGCUGAUCUCCGCUGGAAGGAGGAGAGGCGAGCCAAGCUGGCCCAGUGCAAGCAAAACCUGGAGAAUGUCCCCAGCACCGACACCAUCUACUUCCUCCAGGAAUUUCAGGCCUUAAAAGUAGCCAUGGAAGAAAACCUCUCCCCAGCUCUGAGCUUCCAGAACGAGCUGAACUUCACCAAAUGCACCCAGGCUGUGGGCGCCGUGAAGAACGUGCUGGCCGCUGCCUGCAAAAACCAGUGGGACCACUUGCAGGGAAAAGGAAUUGAUGGGCUGAGUUUCCAGGAGAUGGAGGAAGCGUUGGCCGAGUCCCGGUUUCCAGAAAAGUCAAACAAUCCCGCCUGCCUGGAGAGCCGUGAUUACUUCCUGAAAU